AUGUUGACAACGGUCAGCAAGUUCCCCAUCACCAACCGGAAACGUACCCAGAGUGCUGUAGCUGCAGUAGAAGCCUGGACCUCUCUGCACGGAUUUCAGCUGGCUGGUAAUAAAUCUAAUGUCUUACACAUUACCCGACGAUACAGAACACCGGAACUACGUGACAUCCAGACGGACACUGGACCGAUCUCUUCGGUUCAACAUGCCCGGAUCCUAGGCGUUACGAUCGACAGACGGUUCAACUUUUUGCAGCACAUGUACAACACACGCCUGAGCACCGAGGGAAUGAAUCGUCUACUCAACCUGAUCGGAGGACACCUGAUUAGUGGAUCGAGAUCCACUUUGAUCCAGGUGCAUCGAGCCACGAUCCAGGCCAAGAUGUUUCACGGCGUUGGAAUCACCAGCCGAGCCAGUGAGGCCGUUAAACGCAAAAUUGAACCCACCUUCACGGCGGGAAUUCGCAGAGCAUCUGGGGCUUUCCGUUCCAGUCCUGUUAAAGCCGUACUAGUUGAAGCCGGACAGCUUCCUUUUGGACAUGCAGAAACCGAGCGGCUGGUGAACACCGCCUGCCGCAUUCAAGCUAAAAGUAACAACAUCAGCGGCGAACUUCUUGCUUUCAAGAGAGCUCGCGAUCAGUUGGAAAAACUAACAAACGAAAAACUACCCGAAGUUGAACGAACUACCCGAACAGGUGGACGAUCCUGGUCUGCGACCACACCGAAGGUCGACUGGGAAAUAUCAGCUCACGUGCGAGCCGGCGAUCCGGCGUCGAAGGUUUCAGCAGUCUUUGGAAACCACAUCGAAAACUACAAAAACUUUUGGAAAAUCUACACGGACGGCUCGGUUAACGGCGAAAUCGUUGGAUGUGGAGUGGUUGACGGAAUCAACAACCGUGCGCAUCAUCUCCCGUCUCAAUGCUCGAUUUUUUCCGCAGAAGCAUAUGCCAUUAUGGACGCACUGAAAACCAUUGAAGUAGGAGGCCAGCCAGCAGUCAUUUUUUCGGACUCCGCUAGCGUUUUGGCGGCCGUCGAAGGCGGUCGAUCCCGACAUCCGUGGAUCCAAGUGAUCGAAGCUGAAUUAGAGCGAACGUCGGCGACACUGUGCAGGAUUCCCGGACACGCGAACAUCCGGGGGAACGAAGAAGCAGACCGUCUGGCCGGAUCGGCUGAAGAAUUAGAAAUUCAACAAACUGCAGUUCCUGCGGAAGAUAUAAAGCGAUGGGCCAAAACAAAAUUGAGGCUGUCGCCCAGUAGGGCUAGCGGGGGUCUGGAAGUUGACAAGUAUAACAACAAUAACAACAACUACGAACACACCAUCACCACUGAUGCGCCCGGGAAACCUGGGGCACCCCUGACCACACGUCUUCUUCUUGUGGCACAGGGAUCCACCUCCGGCUUUUCCGGGGCACCUGGACAUGGAAGAUUCCCACUGAUGCGCCUGUAA